AUGACAAAACCAAGUGAAAAAAAUGACAGCAGAUUAUUUAGGAAGCUGCUCCACGAGAAAUUGACAAAGAACGAAAUGGAUGACGCUUUUUUUUAUUGUAAGCAAGUGAUAGGCAUCGCAGCGGGGAUACUAUUUGGAUUUUUGCACAUUAAAGGCAUUUGGGGAUUUCUCUUUUUUUUCGUUUUCCAGUUUCUUACGUCCUUUGCCCUGUACAACAAAAAAAUAGAUGAAAAUCAUUUUAUGGACAAUUAUAGCAUCGCAACGAGCAACGUAUUUGUUGGGCUUUCUGCAUUCCUGGUAUCAUGGAUAACAGUAAACACGCUGUUAAUUUAA